AUGGCUCGCGAAGACAGCUUGUACAUGGCCAGACUGGCCGAAGAGACAGAGCGCUACGAAGACUUGGUGAUGUUCAUGAAGCAAGUUGUCGAAGCUGGAGGAGAACUGAACGACGAAGAAAGAAAUCUUCUCUCCGUUGGAUACAAAAAUAUCGUGGGCGGAUUCCGGUCAAGCUGGAGAGCUCUGGCGCUCAUCGAGCAGCGCGACCUCGAAGCAGGACAUCUUCGUCUGGACUUGCUGACGAACUACCGGCGGCACUUGGAGCUGCAGCUGGAAAAAACUUGCGAAGAAGUCGCGCUUUUGAUCGAUAAACAUCUGUUGCCCAGUGCGACGACGACAGAUUGCAAGGCCUUCUACUUGAAGAUGAAGGCGGACUACUGUCGCUACAUGUGUGAAGUCGCGCAGGACGAAAAAUUUAAAAUAGUCGUCGAAGUCGCACACAAAGCGUACGAGGAAGCGCACGCCCUCGCGGAGGCCGAACUCCCCAAGUGCCACCCCGUGCGGCUGGGCAUCGCGCUGAACUACUCCGUGUUCUUCUACGAGGCGCUUAUCGAGCCAGACAAAGCGUGCGACCUGGCCCGCGCCGCAAUCAGCGCCAGCUCGGCCGCGCUGGACUCCCUCGACGAGGAGCAGACGAGAGACACACUGGCUAUGAUGAAGCUUCUACAAGACAACCUCGAACUCUGGACUACGGAGACGCUUGAGGAGGGCGGUCCCCCAGAGCAGGAGGACCUCGAGCAGCUGUGA